CACACACUAAACCUUUCCAUUCACAGGGGACAUUUCGGGAAGACAGGAUGUACAGGGUUUGGUUUUGCUAACCGAAGACCCCUCUUAUUUGACUUGAUUGAAUCAAAGCUAUUGAUACAUCAGGAGAGAUGGAAACAGCUACAGUUGUUUCUCUCACCAUGGCAGUACUCUCAGGUUUCUGUCAUGGAGACUUGUUACCAGCCGGACCCCUGAAUGGAGCAUUAGGAGAGAAUAUUACAUUUAAUGUAACCCUAAGCCCCCCAGAACCACCUAAAACAGUCACCUGGAAUGUUGAUGGAGGCACUAUAAUAAUUCUAUCUGGUGGCACUGAAACUGUAUUUGGUAAUUACAAAGGCAGGGUCACCCUGUCUAGAACUACUGGAUCUCUGGAGCUCAGGAAUCUGUCCCUGGAUGACAGUGGAGAAUACUUAGUGAAUAUUAUUACUGCUGCAGAUGUAUCACUGAAAAAAACUACUAGACUGAAAGUAUUUGAGCGAGUCUCCGAUGUGAUGCUAACUUCCAAUGACAGUGACAUAUUAGUGGAGUUCAAUAGCUCUGUCAGUCUGUCCUGCUCCUCCUCUGGCUCCUCCCCCUUCUCUUACCGCUGGCUGAAUAGCAGCUCUGAGGUCACAGCCAGUGAUGGAGUUCAGGUUAGAGAUGGGAACAGCACCCUCACCAUAGUCAGAGUGACCCGGUAUGACCAGGGGCCAUACACGUGUAUUGUGUCCAACCCCAUCAGCAGUGUCCCCAGCCAGAAUGUAACCCUCACCAUCAGCUAUGGUCCAGAUAGAACCACAAUGAAUGUGACACCUCCAGAUGUACUGUAUGGAUCAGGGUCAAACCUCACUCUGUCCUGCUCAGCUGAAUCCAGUCCUCCUGCCCAGUUUCAGUGGGCUCUGAAUGGAACACUGCUGUACAAUAGGGGACCAGAACUCAGUCUGGAGCACAUCCAGGCCAGUCAGAGUGGUAGCUACAGCUGCUGGGCCCAUAAUACCAGAACCCUGAGGUACCAGAUAUCUGAGCCCUCUGACAUCACUGUGCUGGAAAGAAUAUCUAAUGUUAACAUCCCUAAUCCCACAAACCUGCCAAUUAUCGAGGGGAACUAUGUCACCUUAACCUGUGAUGCUUCUGGCUCCAUCAGUACCAGAGAGUGGAUGAAGGCUGGUCAGCCUCUGUCUCUUAGUGACAAUAUUUUAUUCUCUGAGGAUAAUAAGACAGCAUCUAUCAACCCUGUGAAGAGAACCGACAGUGGGAUUUACAUGAUACCUGUAUCCGUAACAUUUACAUUGACCUGCUCUGCUGACUCCAACCCCCCUGCUAGUUACACCUGGAUGCACAAUGAGACAAAGAUACCUGGACAUUCACCUGAGUUCACUAAAGAGAAUAGUGAAUACUUUGACAGUGGGAAUUACACCUGUACAGCAACAAAUUAUGUCACUGGGAACAACACAUCUGCGGUCCAUGAACUGUCAGUAAAAGCGGAGGGCUCUCUAACUCCAGGACUGUCUGCUGGUGCCAUCACUGGGAUUGUGAUUGGAGUGUUGCUGGUUGUCGGAGUGGCGGUUGGUGUUGCAGUGUUCUUCAUCAAGAAAAAUGGAACCAAUGCUGACCCAAUACAUCGAAGAGGCUCUAAACAACCUGCAUAUGAGAACCAAUCACCUGUGCAUGAGAACCCAUCACCUGUGUAUGAGAACACAAGACAAAAUCAAUCUCCACCUCUACCCCUGACAGUAAGUAAGCCCUGGUCACCUGGGAUGUCUCUGCAUGUCUGUAUUCUACUACAGUCUUACUGUAAUAAACAAGAUCAACUAGCUUAACAAGAUGUACAGUGUGAAAAAGUUAUGUAUGCAAAGACUGUUUGCCAAUGACAGCUAUUCAGUCUCUGGCCUAUUUAAGUUAUUCAUUAACAUAUGAUCGCUGUAAAAGGACUUUGAGGUUUCAUAUUUUGUCAUGGCAACUAUUAGUGUGGCUGUUGACUUCUAUGUAAUGCCUUUUUUAAUUCAAGCUUUAUCCCAAAUUAUAAAGUGCAUGACUUCAAGAGUACCUAUGAUACUAGGAUAAUGGUAAAUUUGUGCUAGACCACAUGGCACCAUGUGACUGUAAGUAAGUCCUGGUCACCUUGGAUGUGUCUGUGCAUGUCUGUAUUCUAUUACAGUUUUACUUAACAGGAUGUACAGUGUGAAAAAAUACUGUAUGCAAAGUCUGCUUGCCUAUGAUAGUGUAAUCCAGGCAGUUUCGGUUUUUGACUCAAUGGCAGUUAUCAGUGUCUGGCCUAUUCAGGUUAUUCAUUAACAUAUGACAGCUGUAAAAGCUUAACAUUUGGUUUAGAUUUUUUGUCAUGACAACUGUUGGUGUGGCUGUUGCCUUCUAUCUAAUGCAAUUUUUUAUUAAUUUAAUUUAUCCCAAAAUGAUGAAAUGCAGGAUUUCAACAAUACCUAUGAUACUAGGAUAAAGUAAAAGAAGUCAAUGGAAAAUACAGGACCUCCAUUUAAUUACCAUUCUCCAGUGAGUUCCAUCAUCAACACAUAGAAAACCUGCAUGAUAACACCCAGUGUGGAUCUGUAAUAUAAUGUACAUAAUCAAUACAUUCAUGCUACGUUUGAUUGUCUGCUUUAUUGUGUAAUUUUAGCAACAAAAAACAUGUUAAUAAAAAGUAGAUAACACAAUACUGUACUGUAACUUAAUAAAUUAAAGCAUAAUG